AUGGAAGCAAUAUGGAAUUUAGAAAACAAAUGGAAAAUAUCAACCCAUGGAGCUGUUUCAUUAUUGGUAGUUUGCAUCUGCUCCUUAGUUAUUGGAACUUGCAUUAUUGCUGCUUUAAGGAGAUAUGUAAGAAAGAGAACAGAUGAUCAAGAACCGUGUAUCGAUGAUUCAACUUCAACCGACGUAGAUUGUUCGGAGCCACGAGCAGAGUUGGGUUCGGUGAAGGAGGAUCUAACAAGCUCAGUAAGGUGGAGCCAGAAACAGAAGCUUUCUCCAUUGCUCGUUAGUGGUGAUCAGGUUGAAGCUGAUUUUGGAUGGCAGAGUCGCAGUUCAGAUUCACCUGUGUGGCAAAGGCCUAUACUUAUGGGUGAAAAGUGUGAGCUGCCAAAGUUCAGUGGUCUUAUUCUGUAUGAUCAGAGAGGCCACGCCACUUCAUCAAGCCGAUAA